CUGGCGUUGCCGUACUCUAGCGACUCCUACAGCUGCCACGAACAGCUGUUGCUCGCUGCACGCUGAAUUUUUGAAAAUAUAAAUAUUACAGCAGAAUGGAGUGUGCAAUUUGUGCGGAAUUACCAAAGAAAUACAAAUGCAGCAAGUGCAUGGCGCCCUAUUGUUCAGUGAAGUGCUACAAGGUCCACAAAGACUCGGUGGAAUGUAAUCAACAAGCAGCGGCUGCUGCCAAUAAUGAAGUCUCAGAGAAGAUUGCCGAGGAAGAGCCCACGCUGCAUGCCCCCUUCCCCAGCGAUGACACUGUGCCGCCAGAGAAGCUGCAGGAGCUAAAUACAUGCGAACCCCUGCACCAGCUACUCCGCAAUCCCCACCUCCGGGAUCUUCUAAAACAGAUUGACGUGGCGCACAACGUCCAGUUGGCCAUGACAGCGGCCAUGCAGGAGCCGCUCUUCCUCGAAUUCGCUGACGCUUGCAUGCAGGUCGUAGAGCCCAUGUCCCAAGCUGAGCGCGACGAAUACGAGCUAUGCUCCUAAAAUUUCUAGUGAAUAAUCCCUUUUUACGUAGCUAAUAAAUCUUAGUGUAGUGUAAA